UAAGAAGAGCUGCCAUUGCAAAUACUUGUAGAGCACAGACUUGCAAGCCUGGCGUCCAAUCUUUGAGGGUCGGAGUCCAUAAAGUAGUAGUCGUCGCGGGUAGUGAAUCGUUCAAUCUUUGAAAUUAAAGAUUAUUGAAGAAGAAGAUGAUUCGAUGGAUAAAAAAGAAGCUACGAAAUAUAAAGGUGGUCACAAAUAAUUAUGCGGAUAGCUCCUUCCCGGUUGCUGAAGAUCACAAUGAAGUUUCAGCAGAAAGAAACUCCCUCAAGGAUCAAAAACCUGUAGGUGAAAGAGAAGUAAAUGGCUUUGAGUACCAGAUACGAUCAAAGGACGAGGACAUACGACGUCUUGAGCACGAGCUAGCUAUGAAGGACGAGGAAAUGCGACGUCUUGAGCACGAGCUAGCUAUGAAGGACGAGGAAUUUGCCAGCCUGAGGAUUGCCAUCCGGUCAGCUUGUACCGAUUUGAGCAGCGCAGUUACCGCUGCUGAUGAUGCUUUUAAGUUUACAGACAAAAGUCCUUCCAAGAAAGGAAAUGAACAUUUCUUUACAGAAAAAGACCUCUAUGGAGCUGUGUCAUCGGCCCAGGCAGUGUACCCUGGUUAAAUAAAUAUCAGUGUUAAAAUAAUCCUAUUGAUCUAUCUUGAGGGGUAGCUUUCUAUUAUUUAAUAAAAGUAUACUUGAUAAAUCUGUGAUAUAUAAGAAGUCUAUUUAGAAAACUAGUUAUCACCACUCUACCGUACUACACCUCGUUGUUUUAUUCCAUCGAAGUCAUGCUGGAAAAUAAUUAAGAGUUUGAAGAGAAGUUUAGUUUUCUUU